AUGUCGGUUGCGCCGUCUGCAGUGCGGAAGGCUGCAAUCCGACACCUCCAUCGCAAUCACGGCGAGAAUACCAGCCUCCGCUACCUGCCCCGUCACAGGGCUGUCUCGUUUGUGAAGAACGUGCGCAAGGGGCUCACAGGCGGAGACGUGUUUCGAGCUAUCGAGCUCGAACCUACGGUAUUUGUCAGCCCUGAUGACGAACGGCCGUUCCUACAAUUUCAUUACAUCUACGCUCAUGCGGGGGCAUGA